GCCCGUGCUUCCUCCUCGGGCGAGAGUUAAUCGCACGGGUCGCGGCCUGGUCGACUCACGCGAACGAGACCCGUCCUACUCCCGCCGAAUCGACCAUCGAUCAGGAGCUCUUUGUGCGCCGUAUUCUAUUAUCUCUCUGUAAAAUAAGCCGAUUAAAUAAAUAAAUAAGUAAAUAAAUCGGAGGAAUAAAUCGGCUUCAUGCGAAGUUCUGCGACUCGGGUGGCAGCUUGAAUUGGACUCGCGUUGUGAGAAAUCAGCCGAUGAAAAUAAUAAUUUGAAAUAAGAUGUGAAACUUGUGUCGCGAUCAUCCUUGGCCGAUUGUAGCUGUUAAUAUUUCCCGGACAAUUCAUAUUUAUCGCUCACAACGGAGAGAAAGAGAAAAUUUGCCGCUCGGUGUUACCUUCCUGAACGAUAAUGUAUUCCAAGGCGUUCAAGUGGUCGGCCGUGAUAUCGUUUACCCCAUAUCGUGCGAGAUAAGAGUCCAACCAUGGUGGACAAGUUGCACGAGUACGAAGGGCUCGCGGGUAGAAUUCACGGCGUUCGCGACAUCAUCAAGGAGAGAUGGAACGGCUGGAAGGAGUGGAGGACUGGUCUGAAUCUGGAUCAAGGCCUGGACGGAUUGAGGCAUCAACUGCGGGGGCCGCCCAAGUUGGAACGCACGUUGGAAGAUUAUUCCCACAUUUACAGGAGGAAAACCCGGGCCGAGCUGGUCCGUGUGUCAGCCGCCGUGAUGGGGAUCGAGUUCUCGUACGCGGCGGAGACUGCCUUCGUGUCGCCGACGCUGCUGAAGAUCGGCGUCGAUCACCAGCACAUGACGCUGGUGUGGGCACUGAGUCCACUCGUGGGCUUCUUCGUGACGCCCAUCUUCGGCAGCAUGAGCGACCGUUGUAGAGCCAAAUACGGCAGGCGACGACCCUUCAUCCUUCUUUUGGCCUUGGGCGUUUUCAUAGGUCUCAUACUGGUUCCAAACGGCGAGCACCUCGGCUACGCGCUCGGCGACAGCCCAACGUCCGACACGAACGAGACGAUUCCUCUCGGGCAUCGCACCACGGCCAAGUUGUUCGAGUCGGAGGAACCGCCCGGUACGCUCGACAGGGCUUCUUCGCACACUUGGGGUAUCUUCUUCACUAUCCUCGGCACGGUUCUGCUCGACUUCGACGCCGACGCUUGUCAGAGCCCGGCGAGAGCUUACCUCUUGGACGUCACUGUGCCUGAGGACCAUGCGAGAGGUCUGAGCACGUUCACCAUAAUGGCGGGCUUGGGAGGCUUCAUGGGCUACGGGUUGGGCGGCAUCAAUUGGGACGCCACCUCGCUGGGCGUCAUGCUGGGAGGCCAUCUGCAUGUGACCUUCACUUUGAUCACCAUCAUCUUCGUCAUCUGUGUCUUCUGCACGAUCACGAGCUUCAAGGAAAUCCCUUUGGAAGUGUUGGAGAAGGAUCAAUAUCGAGCUGACGAGCUUAAUGAAAAAAUUCAAGAGACCAAGCUGGAGGCGGAGCAAGAGGAGCGCGAGAAGAUCAUGCCCGACGAGUGCGCGUCGAAAUGCAGUUAUGGUACGCUCAACGGCACAACCUACGAUGAACAAGAGACAAGUGACUUCUCGAAGGAGGAGGAAUUCGCUCUCAAUACGCUGCCACCGCAGUCCUCCGUGCACUCCGAGGAACAAGAUCGCUCCGACGGCAGCCACGUCAACUACGGCUUCGACGGCGACUCGCAGUCGCGCGCGGUCGGAGUCGCAGAGGAGAACCCGAAGGCAACUCUGAAGGAAUACCUGUUGUCCAUCGUUUAUAUGCCGCGUAGUCUUCGUCAGGUGUGCUUGACCAACCUGUUCUGCUGGAUGGCACACGUGUGCUACUCUCUGUAUUUCACGGACUUCGUAGGCGAGGCGGUGUUCAGUGGGAAUCCACGGGCACCUGCGGGCACACACGAGCGGAAACUUUACGAGGAAGGGGUGCGCUUCGGCUGCUGGGGGAUGUCCAUGUAUUCGUUGUCCUGCUCGUGCUACUCUCUGAUCAUCGAACGACUGAUUCAGCGUUUCCGCGCACGCAAAGUCUACAUCUACGGGCUGCUCUUCUACAGCGUCGGCAUGCUGCUGAUGGCCCUGACGAAGCACCCGGCCGGCGUAAUCAUCUUCUCAUGGACCGCCGGUGUCAUGUACUCCACGCUGUUCACCAUGCCCUACCUGUUAGUGGCGCACUAUCACGCGUCCUCGACGUUCGCAACCACGGAGGACUCGGUCACCGGCGGCUUCGUGCGCGGACUGGGUACCGACGUCGCCAUCGUCUCCUCCAUGGUCUUUCUCGCGCAGUUCCUGCUGUCCUGCUGCCUCGGCACGAUCGUCAGCCUGUCCGGGACGACCGCCGCGGUGGUGUACAUCGCCAGCGCGCUGGCGAUGUGCGGCGCCGUCUCGGCCACGCGGAUCAUGUACCUGGACUUGUGAAUCUCGUCCGUCGACUC